GGCCGGAAUUAAGGCUAAAUGGCUAACGCUGAAACAGACAAAAAGACAAGGCACGCACAGGGCAGAGAAAAAGUUUGUGCCUUUAUAUACCGAGUCCUUUGACUCGGACUCCCCCACUCUCUCCCUGUUUUUCUUUUGAAUAUAUUGUGGCAAAAAUCUACAGAGCAUCGCAGAUACGGAAAGAUGGAAGGUAAGAGAGCGGAGGAAGCUGCUGGCCCAUCUUCAGGGCUUCCCGCAACAAGACCAGAAAUGCCUGAAAAUCCAAAUGAAGAGGAAGAUGAAGCAGAAGAGGAGGAAGAAGAAGCCGAUCAUCAUAAAACUGGCGGGGUAGUCAAUGCUUUUGUUCCUGCUCCUCCUGUUUCUCUCAAGGAGCAGAUCGAACUCGACAAGGAGGACGAGAGCCUAAGGAGGUGGAAGGAGAAACUAUUGGGUUGCUUGGAAAGUGAUUUAGAUGGGCAAGUGGAUCCUGAAGUGAGAUUCCAUUCCAUUGGAAUUGUGUCUGAUGAUUUUGGUGAAAUUGUUUCUCCGCUGCCCGUGGAUGAAAACCAAAAUGGUCGAGUCCUAUUCACUCUCAGGGAAGGGUCUCGCUAUCAGCUUAAGCUCAAAUUUAGUGUCCUCCACAACAUUGUAUCUGGCCUCGCAUACUCCAACACUGUUUGGAAAUCUGGGCUUCAAGUUGACCAGAACAAAGGAAUGCUGGGUACUUUUGCUCCUCAAAAAGAACCAUAUGUCCAUGCGUUGAACGAGGAGGUCACUCCAUCUGGCGCGCUUGCAAGAGGUCUUUACUCUGCUGAACUUAAGUUUGAAGAUGAUGACAGAAGGUGUCACUUAGAGCUUAAAUAUUUGUUCGAGAUCAAAAAGAGGAGCUAGCCAGCCUUGGUUUUCUGAUGCAUCUCUUCUUCCAGUCUUUGCUUGCCAUCCUCUUUAUUCUUUCUGAACGUAAACAAAGCUCUUUUGGGCGUCACUUUUGUUGCAUUUUUAUACUUGUUUGUCAUCAUAUAAAAAAUUGGGUGUUUUACUGUGCCACGGCCUUAUCAUGUUCACAACUGCAAAAUGAUUUUAUUCUGAUACGUAUGGCAGGCACAAAAAGCUUCUCUUUCACUUGAA